UUGAACUCUCAGAAGAAGAUAAAGGCCCACUAGAUAUUGAGUGGGUAUUGAUACCAGCAGAUAAUCAAAAGGGGGAACAAAUAAUAAUAAUGUAUACUGUAGACAGGACUUACGAUCAUUAUUAUGCUGAUAUGACUGGGCGAAUGCAGUUUACUAGUCUUGAUCCCAAAUCUGGUGAUGGUUCAUUGGAUAUCCUGAAUUUAAAGGCAGCAGACACUGGCACAUAUCAGUGCAAAGUGAAGAAGGCUCCUGGAGUUCAAAGCAAAAAAAUACAGUUGACUGUACUUGUAAAGCCAGCACGGACUAAAUGUUCCAUUCAAGGAUCACAGGAGAUCGGAAAAGACGUUACCUUGAAAUGUGUGUCACAAGAAGGAUCCCCACUUUUGUCUUAUGACUGGAGGAGAGUAUCUGGCACACAGAACCUUCCUGCCACUUCUGUGCUGAAUAAAAAUACAGGGGAACUUCUUCUGAAAAACGCCUCUCGAGAGUAUUCUGGUACAUACAACUGUGUGGCCUCAAACAGAGUUGGCACGGAUGAAUGUUCUGUUGAGCUGAAUGUCACCCCUCCUGUAAAUACAGCCGGUAUAAUUACUGGAGCUAUUAUAGGAACUCUGCUGGGUCUCUUCGUACUGUGUUCUGUCAUCUUCUGUUUCUGUAAGAAGCACAGAGAGAAGAAAUAUGAGAAAGAAGUACAUCAUGAUAUCAGAGAAGAUGUUCCACCUCCAAAAAGUCGCAGUUCUACAGCUCGCAGCUACAUUGGCAGCAAUCGUUCUUCCCUGGGCUCAAUGUCUCCCUCCAACAUGGAAGGAUAUACCAAAACUCCAUACAGUCAAGUUCCAAGUGAAGACUUUGAACGUGCUCCUGCUCAAAACCCAGCCUUUGCACCUUCAAAGUAUGACAUCGCACACAAGAUUGGUGACAUAACAGUGGUAUAAGCAUGAAGAAACAGGCAUCAGUUUUUGCAUGACUUUCCAGUAUGGUGAAACUGAAGUACAUUAUGAAAUGAAGUGCUGGGUUUUUUUUAACUUGAUCUCACUUUAGAUUCAAGAUUUUUAAGUAGACUGUAUUCAGUUUUGUAAGUACCAAAUUUUUUUCUUUUUCAUAUUUUUAAUGCAAAGUUUACAAAGCCACUCCUGAUGUUUUUCUUACUACUUUUGUGUUCUGAAAAGUGUGCACCAUCCCUCCUGUCUGCUCCCCUCACCCCAUUCCUGGAGAUGCAAAAAUUGUGAAGUUAACAAAAUCAACUCAGGUAGCAGAAAUAUAGCCUUAAGCAGUGGGGUGUUAAAGAAAUUGUAAUCUGAAAUAGAUGUGGGUUUUCCUAACUUUCUGGUCUGCUGAUUUCAUAAGGAAGAGUGUCAUCUAUUGAAUGCUGUAGUGAUACCCAUGAGGGCUUACAGACUGUGUGCAAAAUGCACUGUUGUUUUGAGAUUGUAUAUAUUUUAUAACACUUAAUAAAAGAUACUUGAAUGUUACAGUUAA